UGGGGUUGAAUCGUGACGAAUAUGCUCGGCAGGAUUCACAUGAUGCCGAUAAUGUGGGGAGAUUACCAAUCUUCUCUCGACUUGAUUGAUAAGCACCUACAGCCCGAGCCGGCAUUCAGAUUGAACAUCAUGGCAUCCGAAGGAGAUAUAUCUAGUUCGGAAGACAGGGGCCCAUUGCGACCCGCUCCGACAUCUUCCAAGAGUACGAGCCGUCCGAGGAUCAAACCAACAGCAUGCCGUCGAUGUCAUUCCAGAAAGGUGAAAUGCUCCGGGGAACAGCCCUGCAAAAACUGUCAGCAAGUGAGCAAGGGCGCAGAAUGCACAUAUCCUCGAAGAAACCGCAUGGUCAAAGUCAGCCAACGGUACAUUGAUGAUCUCAUCGCCGAAAACCAGCGUUUGAAGAACACCAGUAAUGCGGCCACACAAUCUCGCGCAGAUGCCCUUCUUCCAGAAAUCACAGUGGCGCCCGUCAUGGAGACGACGGACAACGCCGUUGCCAUCCCGCCUCCUUCGCUCGAUGAACGUCCCUGGUUCUUCGACAUGAACAUCCCGCAUACCCCGAUCCUCAUCGGCAAUGAGCUGAAAGUGGCAGUAAGACUUGUUCCUCUUUCCUCUGAUUGGUCCUAGCUCCGCUCUGAGGUGUUAUCUGAUUUGUCUGUAGUGCAGUGCCUUCGCCAUAAAUAGAUCGACGUGGGCGAGUAGCAGUUCGGUAGCACACAAUAGAUGAAUGGUCGGCAUCUAAUGCAUUAGUCUACAUGUACGCACAGCAAGGGUAUAACCGCCAUAGCUUGAGCUCGAAUGCGAUGCAGAGGUCCUUUCGACCUUGUUGUCUCCUUUAUCGCUAGCAUACCUGCACCCACGGUACACCAUGAUGACCGCUUUAGGC